AUGGAUACCUUACUCACUGCUGAUAUUGUGGUCAACUCGCCUCGUUUUCGACGGAAAUCUUCUAUUUUUGUUGAUGCUAUCCACGAUCUACCAGAGAAGGCCGACCUGGCUCCAGCUCAACUCUACAGCACUGAGUCCGGUCGGCUUUUUCACUCGGGACGAAUCGUGAUCAUCACGGUGGGAUUGCCCGCCAGAGGAAAGACUCAUAUGUCUGUUGCUUUGGCACGAUACCUUCGAUGGCUUGGAGUCAAGACCAGAAUUUUUCACUUGGGAGACUAUCGACGUGCUACCAUACCAUUUGGUGAAGAUAUUCCAGAUGACUAUUUCUAUGUCAACGCAAGCGCUAAAUCAGUCCUUCUCCGCCAAAAGAUCGUGAGGAAGUGUCGAGAAGAUAUAUAUCAAUUCUUGAAUCAUGAAAAGGGACAGAUUGCCAUAUAUGAUGCUGUCAACCCCCUGGCCUCCGGACGGCGCUCACUUGCCAAUGAGUUUGCCAAGCAUGAUAUCGAAACGCUUUUUAUUGAAUCUUGGUGUGAUGAUCCACGUAUCAUUGAAGAGAACGUUCGUCGGGUCAAAAUCUCUUCGCCAGACUACGUUACUUGGAGCCCAGAAGAUGCAGUUAAGCACUACCUCGCUCGUAUUUCUGCUCGUAUUCCCCAAUUCCAGAGCAUGGAGGAGAAAGACCUGAAUUUUAUCAAGAUGAUCAAUGCAGGAGAAAGGUUGAUCGUGAACAAUCGCAGUUUUGGAUAUCUCUCCAACCGCAUUGUUUUUUAUCUACUUAAUCUUCACAUCAAAUCACGUCGCACCUAUUUUGUGCGGGCUGGUGUCACCGUUAAAGCAUCGUCCUACAAAUCGGAUGUGUCUCUCUCAGAGGAAGGAGAGGACUAUGCCAAGAAGAUGACAGAAAGACUACUGGCUCAUCGGCAAAGCAUCAAAGAGAAUAUGGAAGAAGAAGGUGCACAGGGUUACGAACUGCGGCCUUUGAAGGUAUGGACUUCCACAAGACGUAGGACCGUGGAAACGGCCAGGUAUCUCUACGAGAAAGGAUAUCAAGUCCGCCAGCGAUCUCAAAUGAGCCAACUCAACCCUGGAGUCUGCGAGAAAAUGUCAGAGGCGCACAUCCGAGCCGAGUUUCCGGACGAGGUCGCCAAGCAUGAGCUCGAUCCCUACCACCAUCGAUACCCCCGUGCAGAGUCUUAUCAUGACCUCGCCGUCCGUCUGGAGCCGAUUAUUCUUGAAUUGGAGAGAGAACAAAACGAUUUGCUUAUCAUUGCCCACGAGAGUGUCCUGAGGGUCUUGUAUGGCUACCUUAUGGCUUGCAACGCCGCAGACAUUCCAUUCCUAGAAUUUCCUCGGGAUGAGAUCAUUGAGAUAAUCCCCGAGAGCUACCAAAACGAGGCUCAACGGGUUUACAUUCCCGACCUUCCUGAAGAAAUAAUCCCAGCUUCUCCAGAAGGCCUGAAAAUCCCAGUAACUCUCAGCGGGGUAGUUACCCCCAUGGGACUAGGCAGUCCAAUCGAUGGUGCUGCGACUCCCCAGGGGAUCCGUACUCCAAGCGGACUUCGCACACCGCGUGAACCCGAGAGAAUCUCACAGCAAAUUGUCGAAGACGUUGUUUAG